AUGUCGGGCAGGCGCGACCCCAAACACAGGAAGGUGCAACCAUCCCUGUUGCCAAUCACGAACAUUGCACCUUCCCCCCCCAAACUUCUGUCAAGGAGCUGUCAGCCGUCCUCGACGAAUGGGGGCUUUGUCCGUACGCUACACCAAAAGGCUACACCAAAGCCACGACUACUUCUCGCCAAUCGUCGAAGCAUCCCGAUACCUCAUCGCUGGCCGCCCGUUGACCGCCGCACGUGUGUUCCCUCGUUGCGCCCCGGGCGUGACGUACCACCUGUACCGACUCUCUGCUCUGUGAAAGCCAGAUCACUUGGGAGUAGAAACACCAUACGUCGGGUCGACGAUGACGACGACGACGACGACGACAACAACAACAACAACAACAAUAAUAAUAAUAAUAAUCCCACUACGACGACUACGACGACUACGACCACGACGCGACAUUGGCAACAACCAACCCAUCAAAGGCUGGGCCUGCGACUGACUGCAUCAGUUGCGACGCAACAGCAAGGCUCCCGCUCCUGGACGCUGGAAAUUCUGCGUCGCACAGCUGAACACCAUCUUCAGCCACCAACCUGGUUUGAGCCUGCGGCAGCCGUCUGCCGGGCACCGUACCUUGUGCUGGGUGAGGCCAGCGCCAGCGGCAUGGCUCCAGAGUGCACAGCAUCUCGUCGUCCUCGGAAUUGCAGUCCGCUCUGGUCAAAGGUACAACCCGGGGGCCCGCUAUCGUUCAUGCUGCCCUCGGACGACAGCGUCGUUAGAUGCAUGUAUUGCUCCGCCGGAGAGGCAAGCCUGUAG